CCCAGCGUGCGCCCGGGGAGACCGGGAACAUGGCGCUCGGAGCGAUGUAGCGGCUGAGGAGAAGAAAGGGAUGAGCCACCUCGCUUCGUUGACAGCCAGCCACCAGGCCUGUCUAAUCUUCGGCUUCAAGGUGGACUUCAGAAGUGGCUUCAGUUCUGAGUUAGCAGGGUAUCCGGGGGCCAUAAUCUCAGGGGUUCCUCCCGUCUCUGUCAGACAAAAAUACACUGUGGCGAGAUGUUUCCAUCUCUUACCAAUAUGAACACUGAGGAAAAUGAAGAAAACUGAAGAACUCCAAUGAAAAGUUGCAGGACAGAAAUAGCCACACUUCUCUGGAGUCUUUAAUUCCUCUACAGCCAUCCCCAAAAAGGUUUUUGCAUCAUGUUUGGAAAGAAAAAGAAAAAGAUUGAAAUAUCUGGUCCAUCCAACUUUGAACACAGGGUUCAUACUGGGUUUGAUCCACAAGAACAGAAAUUUACCGGCCUCCCUCAGCAAUGGCACAGCCUGUUAGCAGACACAGCCAACAGGCCGAAGCCCAUGGUAGAUCCUUCGUGCAUCACACCCAUCCAGCUGGCUCCCAUGAAGACAAUCGUUCGAGGAAACAAACCCUGCAAGGAAACCUCCAUCAACGGCCUGCUAGAGGAUUUCGACAACAUCUCGGUGACUCGCUCCAACUCCCUCAGGAAGGAAAGCCCACCCACCCCAGACCAGGGAGCCUCCAGCCACGGCCCACGCCAUUCGGAAGAAAAUGGCUUCACCACCUUCUCACAAUAUUCCAGUGAAUCCGAUACAACGACUGACUACACCACCGAAAAGUACAGGGAAAAGAGUCCCUACGGAGACGACUUGGACCCGUAUUACAGAGGCAGCCACGCGGCCAAGCAAAAUGGGCACGUAGUGAAAAUGAAAGCCGGGGAGGCCUACUAUUCUGACAUGAAGCCUUUGAAAUCCGAUAUUUCCAGAUUUCCUGGCGAUUAUCACACACACUUGGACUCCCUGAGCAAACCAAGUGAAUACAGUGACCUCAAGUGGGACUAUCACAGAGCCUCCAGUAGCUCCCCGCUAGACUACCGAGACCCGUUCCAAUUCACUCCUUCUAGAACUGCAGGGACCAGCGGGUGCUCGAAGGAAAGCCUGGCGUACAGCGAAAGUGAGUGGGGACCCAGCCUGGAUGACUACGACAGGAGGCCAAAGUCGUCCUACCUGCAUCAGACGAGCCCUCAGCCGGCCAUGCGGCAGAGGUCCAGGUCAGGCUCAGGGCUCCAGGAGCCCACGAUGCCGUUUGGAGCAAGUGCAUUUAAGACCCAUCCUCAAGGACACUCGUACAACUCCUACACCUACCCUCGCUUGUCCGAGCCCACAACGUGCAUUCCAAAGGUGGAUUAUGACCGAGCACAGAUGGUCCUCAGCCCUCCACUGUCUGGGUCUGACACCUACCCCAGGGGCCCCGCCAAACUACCUCAAAGUCAAAGCAAAGCAGGCUACUCCCCAAGCAGCCACCAGUACCCCUCUGGGUACCACAAAGCCAGUCUGUACCACCACCCCUCUCUGCAGACCAGCUCCCAGUACAUCUCCACAGCUUCUUAUCUGAGCUCUCUUAGUAUCUCGUCCAGCUCCUACCCCCCACCCAGCUGGAGCUCCUCCUCAGACCAGCAGCCCUCCAGGGUGUCCCACGAACAGUUUCGGGCUGCGUUGCAGCUGGUGGUCAGCCCAGGAGACCCCAGGGAAUACUUGGACAACUUUAUCAAAAUCGGGGAAGGCUCAACUGGUAUUGUAUGCAUCGCCACAGAGAAACACACAGGGAAGCAAGUGGCCGUGAAGAAAAUGGACCUCCGAAAGCAACAAAGACGAGAGCUGCUUUUUAAUGAGGUUGUCAUAAUGCGGGAUUACCACCAUGACAAUGUGGUUGACAUGUACAACAGCUACCUUGUCGGUGAUGAACUCUGGGUAGUCAUGGAAUUUUUAGAAGGCGGUGCACUGACAGACAUAGUUACUCAUACCAGAAUGAAUGAAGAACAGAUAGCUACCGUCUGUCUGUCAGUUCUGAGAGCCCUCUCCUACCUUCACCACCAAGGAGUGAUCCACAGAGACAUCAAGAGUGACUCCAUUCUCCUGACCAGUGAUGGCCGGAUAAAGUUAUCUGACUUUGGUUUCUGUGCUCAAGUCUCCAAAGAGGUGCCAAAGAGGAAAUCACUAGUUGGCACUCCAUACUGGAUGGCACCUGAGGUGAUUUCUAGACUACCUUAUGGAACAGAGGUGGACAUCUGGUCACUUGGGAUCAUGGUGAUAGAGAUGAUCGAUGGUGAGCCCCCCUACUUCAAUGAGCCUCCGCUCCAGGCAAUGCAGAGGAUACGGGACAGUUUACCUCCAAGAGUGAAGGACCUACACAAGUUUUCUUCAGUGCUGCGGGGAUUCCUAGACCUGAUGUUGGUGAGGGAGCCCUCUCAAAGAGCCACAGCCCAGGAACUCCUCGGACAUCCAUUCUUGAAACUGGCAGGGCCACCAUCUUGCAUCGUUCCCCUCAUGAGACAAUAUAGGCAUCAUUGAGCAGAGGAUUCAUGAAAGUGAAAAGACUAGAUGAGGUCAUGAGAAUAAUUCAGAAGAACGUGAAGAACUCAUGGACCACUGCAAAAGGCCUGUGCAUUCAAGACCAGCUGAUUGGUGGGACAGUUUGGUGACCGUCAGGGUUUGACAGACCAGGGCAUCUAAUUGUGUCUUAAACAGACAUCUCUCCACUGACAGCUGGUGAGGUCAUUUGAAGCACAGCUUUACUAAGUCAUUAUAUUUUCAGCCCUUCAUCCCACAAGUCAGAAGGACUCAGUACAAACUCCGUUGUGAUACAUCCUGGCCACAUGCAGGGUAACGCAUAGGAUUUUCUAUUUCGAAAGAAUACUUUUCUGGCAAAAAAAAAAAAAAGGAAAACAAAAAAGCACUUUUUUCUUAAUGGUAGCAGUGUAAUGUAUUUUGCAAUGAAUUUGUAAUUUUUCUGUACGAUAGUUUUGAUAAUUUAUAGUACUUUGAUGUCACGUAGCCAUUGUAUUGGUUGAAGUAAUACUUGUUUCCUAGCAGGAGUUUGAACAAAGCCUUUCCUACUUUUUUAUCCCUUUCAGAGAACCAACGAUUCCUUAGGAACUUUGAAUACUGAAUGAAUCUCAAUCACCAUCAGCUUUAGUAGACUCUUUUCUUAUUUUAACAAGUGUCUUAUAUGAUGGAAGAAGAAUUAAGAGUGAUGGUGGUGCACGUUUCAUUUACUCGGCCAAAAAAUAAUAAAAUACAAUUUGGGCCACAGUAUACCACCAAACUACUCCUUGGGAUAGAGCUAAAUAAUUUGAAAAAUCUCCUAUUUCUCCAAGGCUACUAGGAGCAAACCAUUGGACGCAUGGUAGGAUGUUCCCCCUAGGAUACUCUCAAAUGGGUAUGUUGUUCCUUGUGGCCAAAUUUCACUUCUAAGGAGCAAUUUCAGUGCUAGGAUCAACGGACUUAGUUCCCCAAAUUGAAUGUUUCAAAGAGGCCAUGAAAAUUCCAGUCUUAGAAAAGGAAAGGAGAGAGAACAGGGCAAGAUGUUUGGUUUUGUGUGUCGCUGUUCUGAAAACUGUAUGCUAGCAUACCAAACUCUUGUCUCUUUACCUUUGUACUGCAGUAUUAAUUGCUAUUGUUCAUGUAUCGUGCUGGAAGUCUGAACUGACUGUAGAGGUUGAUUUACCAAGGGGGGUGUUUUACCAGGUAUGGUCUGACUUCAGUUGUGACCAUGUUUUAAUGUGUUGCCGACAUAGGAGGGUUGUGCUGCCUGUCUAGAUCUUCUUGAAUGUUGAUAAAAAUGAAUGACUACUACAAUACA